GUUUUUGUUCCCAUUACGUGAAUUGUGACAUCGCAGAUGCAUGUUUAGCAGUAACAUAAUACAGUGUCUCCAACCCAUUUUCUUUUCUAUAAUAUGACGUAUUUUGGGAUAAAAUAAUAUUCUAGAAUGAUAAAUUUGUUUUAUUAAUUAGAUUGUGGAAAGUGGGUGUUAUCAGAAUGGACCUGCUCUGUACAACAUUAAAUAACAAUACAAUACAUGGCUUAGUGAUGUAAACCAAAAAAAAAAAGUUAUGUUUAGAUCACAAGGCUUUCCUCUUUUGAGAGGAAUCACAUUAAGACCAGAAACUAUUUAUUAUCACUUAAAUUCUGGACAUUUUGAUCAUUUCAUGCUAAGAAAUACAUCCGUGUAUGGCAUCAAUGUUUACAGUGUGGUACCAGUAUAAAAAUAUAAUCCUAAUUCUCCAUGAGCCUGAAACCAAUCGCGGGACAAUAUUAAAACAUAAAAACUUGUGAAAAUGACAUGCUGGUUUAAUUUGCUAUUCCUCUCAUGGCUGUCACCGCUUCUGUUCUCUAUGCUGAUGCUCGAUCUCCCUCCGGCUGAUACCUGAGACGUGUCAGUUAUCAGGGAUUUAAGUUCUCAAACCUGUCAAGUUCUUUGGUUUUUUUCCCUCCUCCUUCGCUUUUCUCUCCUCUAGAGUGUCCCCUGGGGAUCUAAAACCUGCUGUGUUUGUUUUCAGUUGAAAGCAAACUUGAAUGUAAAGCAAUUAUUUAUAUAAUAACAAAUACAUACAUAGCCUACAUAAAUAAUUCAUUGAUAUUCUGCACUGCUCUCAAGGUUGAGAUGAAAUUACGGACCCCGCUGGGUGGGUUAACUCACCUUAUCUGUCCUGAUUUUUAUUUAUAAGAAAUUUCUGAAUUAUUAAUAGCUGGCCAAGACAUCAUGCAUUGACCCGUUCACCGCAAUGUCCCUUCACACCUAACCUGCGAAAACACAUCCGGCUGCCUGUCUUGGGAACCGCCACCAGAGGUGUAAAAAAUGACCAUCUGAGCACAAGACAAAGAUGAGAAUCACAUUUAUAGCAUGUGUUAUAAUCAGCUAGCUCAGGCUUGUCAAAUCUGGUGCUUUGUCUGAUCAAAAUCCAGUAUAAAAGAAAGCGAGGAUAUGGUUAGUGCUCCAUACUGUAGUGUCUUGAGUUUAAACACACCACAGCUGUUGAACAGCAUCUGCAGGCUAUAAGUGUUAUAUAGUGUCAUCAGUCUUGACAAGUAAUAGCACUUAUGCAUCUAAACUGAAUUUCAAAUGAACAGCCGCGUUCAUGAGUUUUGCACUAUUUAUGGAGAGUGACGUCUCAAAGCAAUGCUUUGUGGUGUGUCUGGUGUCAAACAGAAGACCCUCUGACCAGCGCUCUAGCCCACAGAAGCAAUGUGGAUUUUUGUGGGUCCUUUUUAAGUUGUUUAUCAGUGACACUGAACAGUGUCUUUUUAGUCAUGUUGCUGUUGGCUUCCAAACCCAGUGUUAUACACAUAAUGCUUUUUUUAUUUAUUAAAGUACACUUAUGUUUCAAUAGCGUCACCAAACUGCUGUUUUCAAAUCAGUUUCUUGUUUAGAAUAGCAUGCUAACAUGCUGCUAUUACGAUCUUUGGAGUGUAUAUAGUAUUUACAAAAUAUAAAUGAUUUUAUGUUUGCAUUACAUUAUAGCACUGAAAUCUAGUAUGCAAUAAAAUGUAAUGCUGUAUCCCAAAAUGCAAUGUCCUCAACUCGACCUUCCCAUUUCCAGAAUGAUGAAUGAACUGAAAACAAUUAAAUCCACUUUCUGGGUUGAUGUGCAUCAGAGGUAAAAUGCCUGACCUUUCUCAGAGUGAUUUUUAAGUUUAUGUGGAAAUGAGAAAAGAACUGAAACCAAAUCAAUGUUCCAUUGAUGAAUAAUUAUCGUCAUCCCUGACGGCACACAUACGUCACAUCUGCAUUUACAUCUGCGAGACUCUUUUUUUUUUUUUUUUUGAGUGUUUGCUCAUUUUUUUCCUUUCUGAAUGUCAAAAAGACGUUUAGAAAAUGUCUAAGUUGUUUAUGAUUUAGAAUGAAUGUUAAACUGACAUCUUAAAGACGUACGUGUGCUAUCUGGGAUAAUUUUCAUCAACAAAAUAUUUUCCACAGACAAAAACAAGAUGAUGACAAAGUAAAAACCCUUUGAAUAACAAAAACAUUGAUGAAAAUCUCUUGACAAGAGACUAUAUUUAUUUUUAUUUUUUUAGAUAAAGAUAUGUUAUGUGUGAGAACACCUAAGCCUAAAUCUGUUUCUAUAUUGCAUGUUCAUGUUACCAGGUUGAUAGAUGUUUUUUCUGGGAAUAUAUAAUGAGUUUGGAUAAUAAACACCAACAAGAAUUAACACCAACAAAGAAAUACUUAAAACUGUGAAAAAUAUGUACACUGACUUUCCAAUUAAUUUAAUUUAAUUGAUUGCAUUUUUCUAUAGGUCAUUAUAUAGCUCAUAAAACUGUUACUAAUACAUUUAAAAAUGCAAUUGAAUUGCUCUAAAUGUAAAAUUAAAACUUGAGUAUGUGCACUUUCUGAGAACAGUCUCAGAAAACAUGAAGAAGUAUUUUAAUGCUGCAGCGUGCCAGGUUAUUAAUUUUAAAAGUCAUAUUCCUCAUGCGUUUUUUUAGGGACUAGCUCUGCCUGGGCUGCCCCAUAAAGCACUAGAGGGGGAGUGUGCCUCCCCUGGCCUCCUGCUAUAAAAUCCUGGGAGUAAUUAUAGCGUACUGAGGCAAAUCAGGAGUAAUCAGUUCAGUCCCGAGGCUGGGAACAUACAUGGACACACAGCAUCAGCACUGGAUUAAACUUCCCCACCACGACCCCCUUCACUGAUUGAGGUACGACGAGUUCCUGCAAGUAGGUAAACGAAAGGGAGAGAGGAAAAGCUGUGAGAGGGAGUGGGAGGAAGAAUUAACCAGAAAGGGAGGCAGCGCAGUGAGAGCGAGCGAGCAAGAGAGAGGGGACGGGGAGGGAAUCAAAGGCAGGAAGCAAGCAACAGCCAUGAAACAGAAAUGCAGGGAGUUUGAGGGAGAGGGUGGAAAACGGAGGCCCGCCGCCAACGAGAGGACUACAGGAGCGAAGUGAGGUAAGAAAGAAAGAAGGGCAAGGGUCCAGAGGAAGAAAACACAACGGGAUAACAUCUGCGGGAGGAAACAACACUCCACAAGGUGGGGGUCAGAGUAAAGAAACAUGCAAGAGAAAGUUUAAAGACAGGACAGAUGAGAAAAACAUCUCCUGGUUAUGACAAAGCCGGUACACUUAAAGAAGGGACACGUCCUCUCGAGAGUCCCCUUCUUGGGUCGCAGAAUGUUCUCCAAGACAAAAAGGGUCGGGGAGCAAUGCAUUCACCCCACCACUUCAGACCAACUACAAAAUGGAAAUCAAAGGCCUCAAGCGGACAUCCUUGCCUAUUUUGGGACUGGGGACCAAGUAACGAACACCUGUGGACCAAAGCAACAGAAUCCCCCCAUCAAUGGAUAUACUGCCAAGAAACAUUUAGCUAAUCAGUGGGGUCAUGCACGGCUAGACGUGACUGGCCAGAUUUGUCAGACAGAGUUAACCAGCAUGCGUUGGAAUCGGCCUCCAGGGAAGGACCUGCAGCAUAACAGCGUCUCUGUGAACUACAGCUUGAGAGAAUGCAGCUUUGUGGUCCACCGUCAUCAGAUCGAGCCACACCCCUUCUUGAGGAAGUGUGCUCUGGACGCGCCAACACAGUUCAGAGGUCAUGGAAACUGUGGAGCGCCUGUUUGUGCAACGGAGCAACAAUCAGGCUCUGUGCGAGGGGCCCUGUUUACAGAAAAACAUGCAUCGGACUGGAUGGACUCAAGUGGUGCUCACAAUUCGACCUUUAAUAAAAAUGCAGAACUUUGCACUUCUAACGGACAGGGGACUUUAAGUAGGUGCCUAGGACGUGUCAUGCAAGAAUUUAACAGACCUAGUCUGGUGCAUGAAGCUAUGCUGACUACCAAAGAUGUCAACAAGACCAAUUCAAACCACCUUAAGUGUAAAGCCAAGGUCACCCAAGGGGAUCUCAGUGGACCAGGAAGAGGGUCUUACGCUUUCAGCUCUAAGCACUCGCAAAGAGCAAUUCGGGACCAGAUCCAAAGAGUCGUUGUGAAUCUCGAGGAGGUUCUACAUGGCUUGAAAGAGAUACAUCUGGAAAUGAAGGAGGUUGUCCAGAAGAUAGACCUGUUGACGGCCGACAUAGAUAUGGGCAACGAAGAACCAAGGAACACUUUCAAAGGAAGGAUAGACACUAGAGUGGGAUUAUCUCAAGGCGUCUGCUCUGACAAGUCAUCCCUCAAAACACCAACUCCAUCUGUGGCACCCCCAGCAUAUCCCAUAAAACAUCAAGAGCUGCAUGAUGCCGCUCAAAAACGGGGAUCAACUCAGGAAUUGGUCAUUCCUCAAAGAGAUGUAUCAGGGACUGCUUCAAGGCUCAGGAGCCAGAAACCUCCUCCUUAUCCCUACCCCAGCACAACAAGAAGAGUGAAUCCUAAAGCAAAAGACAAGGGUCAGAAGACGCCAACUUACCCCUUUAGACGGAAACUGCUCUCAACCAUUGUUUAAGUAGACCGUGGCUUCUGGGUACAAUGUGGAGCAUUACACUCUCUACAUGGUGUACCGUGUUACAGGUACCUUUGUGAAAUAAUCAAAGGACUCUGACAUACCCCAAAGAUUUAGUGGAAAUUCUCUACAAGCGUGCCAUUACACCAUCUUAAGAAAGAAUAUGCAGACUCACCUGAAGACUCGGACAGAUUGUACUCUUCUUCCUUCAAAGCAACAUCCCUCUGUCCACCCACGGCCGUCUGGGACUGAGAAGAAGAAAAAGAGAGAGAAUGAAGACAUUGAAAGAGAAGCCUAGAGGAGUGGGCUGAAUAACAAAGAGAUCCUCACUGAGAAAACAAAAAGAGACAUGGAGUCUAUGGAGCGCUUGUUUUAAACAUUUACAUAAGGAACAAGGCCACCAAUGAUAUCACAGUCAUCCCGCUACUGAGAACUUCAAUACAAUCUGAAGAUAAAGAUGUUUUCACCAAGUCUUGUUAUGCAACACCUGUACAAAAAGGGCUGCCUGCUUUUGAUCUGAGAGCGAUGAGCGUUAGGAAUCUGAAUCAAGGUUUGAUCGGCAGCAAAUGUCAAUGUCACGACUAAGGACAAAUUUUAAACAAGAUCUUCAGAAACCUGUGUCAAUUCUUUGUAUGAGCAAAGCACACAAAUAAAAAGUUAUUAUUUGAAUAUUCUUGGUAAAAAAAAACAUAUUUCUUCAGAUUGAAUCAUAUAUUCUAUGGAUUGCUGAAUGUUUCACUCAGUUGAUGUGGUGUCAGGUCAUGAAGGAUAGCUAAAGUUAAUAUGAUACUUACAUAUGCAGUGGCAUACUCAAUCUUGGCUCCUUUUAGCUCAGCUUUGAACUGGGUAAAAAACAAGUAUGACUUCCCUUGGGGCCUAUCAUGAAAAAAAAGUGACAGAGAAAAAUCUAUAUCAUUCCCUAUUUCAUCUCAAAAUUACACAACAAUGUUUGAAAACACAGAAAACCGAGAUUAGAUUUGCUUGAAUUUCCCAGUAAACCUCAUUUUUGGUAUUGCAUAUUAAAGAAGAACCACCAAAAACCAAUAUAACACUGUUUUGAAAGUUACCUCCAGACUGAACAGGAAAACAUCUGGUCAUCGUCACUCAAUCCAACGCUCAUUUGCCAUUGCUAGAGGAAAUUGAAGCACAAAGGGUUCGCAUUAAAAUCUGAAACUACGCAGUAUUCUAUGAAAUCAGGACGUUUUACAACAGCGCAUAAUUGCUACAAUUUCCUGGUCAUUAGUGCCAGCAAUUAAAAGCAACUUUUAAUUUCCACAUUUUAUCUUUGAAAAUAGAAUAACAAACUUCUGAGCAAACAUGAUCGAUAUAUAUGUAAUAAUAAUGUGCUACGAAAUAAAAGAUUUGUUUUUGCA